ACUCCAGAAUCUUUCCUCAACCGGGUGGUUCUUUGACGCCAGCAAACCGGAAAAGCGUCUGAAUCCGGCGAAAACGUGAUAUCUUUCAGACGAAAAUGAAAAGAAUACAUCAAUCAAAGUUCAGCUUUGGGAAGGGAAGCUAUACGAGACGAGAUGAAGAGCCCGAGAGAAAAAGAAAGAAAGAAGGUGGUGGAGAUGGAAGUGCAGAUCAUUUAGGAGUCAUGGUGCUGCAAAACGAGGAGAACGGCUGGUCGUUUAAAAGCGACUCGAGCGGAGCGAGUAACAGCGAUGAAAGCUCCAAGGAGAGCUCCAGGUGUUCGACCCCUGUCGGGGAGGUGGACCGCGGAACCCGGUUGAGCGACAAGAUGAGGCGGCGCAUUGACUCCGGGGACCGCUGGUUCUCCCUCGAGUUCUUUCCGCCACGCACAGCCAACGGUGCUGUCAACCUCAUUUCCAGAUUUGACCGUAUGGGUGCCGGUGGGCCUCUCUUUGUUGACAUUACAUGGCAUCCAGCGGGAGAUCCUGGCUCAGACAAAGAGACCUCAUCCAUGAUGAUCGCUAGCACAGCUGUCAACUACUGUGGCCUAGAGAGUGUGCUGCACAUGACCUGCUGCAAACAAACAAAAGACAAGCUCACAUCCCAUCUGAACAAGGCCAAGCACCUGGGACUGAAGAACAUCAUGGCACUGAGGGGAGAUCCAGUGGGAGCAGACUGGGAAGAAGAAGAAGGAGGGUUCAGCUAUGCUGUAGACCUGGUGAAGCACAUCCGCAGCGAAUUUGAUGAUUACUUUGACAUUUGCGUUGCUGGCUACCCAGCUGGGCACCCAGAGGCUGAGAGCUAUGAAGAGGACCUGAAGCACUUAAAAGAGAAAGUGGAUGCAGGAGCAGCCUUUGUCGUGACUCAGCUCUUUUUCAGAGCUGAAACGUUUCUGAAAUUUCUUAAGGACUGCAGAGCUAUCGGCAUCACCUGUCCCAUUCUGCCUGGAAUCUUCCCCCUUCAGGGUUAUCACUCACUUCGUCAACUGGUCAAAUUGUCAAAGCUGGAGGUGCCAAACGACAUCAUGGAAGCGAUCGAGCCCAUCAAAGACAACGAUGCUGCCAUCCGCAACUAUGGCAUCCAUCAGGCCGUGGAGAUGUGCAAGGUACUACUGAGCAGCGGCGAUGUGCCCGGCCUGCACUUCUACACACUCAACAGAGAGGUGGCUACAAUUGAUGUGCUCAAACAGCUCGGCUUAUGGCUCGAGGACCCUCGGCGACCUCUGCCCUGGACUGUUAGUGCUCAUCCCAAACGAAAGAUGGAGGAUGUCCGGCCAAUCUUCUGGUCUGCGAGGUCCAAAAGCUACAUCUAUAGGACGCAGGACUGGGAUGAUUUUCCCAAUGGGAGAUGGGGGAACUCCUCAUCUCCAGCCUUUGGUGAGCUGACGGAUUACUAUUUGUUCUACCUGAAGAGUAAGAGCCCGAAAGAAGCCCUAUUAAAGAUGUGGGGAGAGGAGCUAACGAGUGAGCAGAGUGUGUAUGAAGUCUUCACCAACUAUAUUACAGCACAGCCCAACCAAAAUGGACACAAGGUGAUGUGUUUACCAUGGAACGAUGACCCUCUAGCUCCAGAAACGAACAUGCUGAAGGAUGAGCUAGCAAAAGUGAACCGUCGAGGUAUCCUCACCAUAAACUCCCAACCCAGCAUCAAUGGCAAGCCUUCUUCUGACCCGAUUGUAGGUUGGGGACCCCCAGGAGGAUACGUCUUCCAAAAGGCUUACCUGGAGUUUUUCACAUCACAUGAAAAUAUAAAUGCACUUCUUAAAGUGCUGAAGAAAUACGAGCCGCGUGUGAACUAUCACAUUGUCAACGUGAAGGGUAAGGAUAUUACAAAUGCACCCGAUAAGCAACCCAAUGCUGUAACCUGGGGGAUUUUCCCUGGCAGAGAGAUUGUUCAGCCCACAGUAGUGGAUCCAGUCAGCUUUAUGUCUUGGAAGGACGAGGCAUUUGCGCUGUGGAUUGAGCAGUGGGGGAAACUGUACGAGGACGAGUCCCCUUCAAGAAUGAUUAUCCAGUACAUCCAUGAUAACUACUCCCUCGUCAACCUAGUGGACAAUGAUUUCCCCCUGGAGAACUGUCUAUGGCAAAUCAUCGAUGACAUGUUUGAAUUGCAAAACGCACCUCCAGAACCUCUGGAUGAAGCAAAUGUUCAUUAGCCAAUCUGCUGCUUUUUCAUUUUAGGACUUUGUAACAACACCCCAGACAUUGUUAUUAAACCACCACUAAUGUUUUGGUUGUUCAUGAUACUGUAAUGUUAGUAACAUUUCAGAGCAGUACUCGGUUGGAAAAAGUCAUUCAUGUUGAGUGGGUUAUUUUAAACACCAUUAUUAAAUGUGGUUAUAAACUAUAGCGCAAAAUUAUUUGCCAAAAUUUCAAUAUCACCGUAUUGAUACGAUCACUUUAACUUAACUGCUUUUAAAGCUAUUUAUGAACGGAGUUUUCACUUAUCAAACAAGUCUGAGGCUUUUCAGACUGUUUUGGGAACUUCUGCCAGUUGGAAUAAACAUACACAAGUCAGUGUGUGAAUUUUUUUUUUUAAAGAGAGACUAAAUCAGAAGCAGAUGCAUGUCAUCGAAGGACGUGGACAUUGACAGUGAUUCGGGUUAUUGUGUAAUAAUCUUGACAAAAAAUGCUGUUGCUUGCCAUCACCUUGGACUUUUCAUCCCCUAUGUUCAUUUUGUUUUUAUUUCCCCAUGUUUGUGAAUUGCUGGUGAAUAAGAGUAAAAUUAAAAGGAACGUUCUGCACACGGA